AUGCCGGCUGCUAUCUAUCUUUCAGCUUCUCAUCAAGGAUCUUUGGAUCCCUCAAGAAAGCCUAUAGUGAGACCAUCGUCAACUUCAGUUACCAAUACAUCCAAGCCUGAGUCCGUACCCCGCACAAUAGAUGCACUGUUACGCCUGCGCGCAAUAUCCUAUCCUCAAGAUCAUAUUGUUUCGUAUCCAAAGUCAGGAAUAAACUUUGUCGAUUACAAUUUACAGCAACUUGAUGUAUUCGCUUGGAGGGCGGCAAAUCACUAUGGCCAGCAUAUUCCCGCAAGAAAGUCAUCGAAUGAAAAGCCGCAUGUUGUGGCGCUAUUGGGCGUAUCAAACUUUGAGUAUCUCAUUACGCUUCUUGCCCUAGUAAAGCUUGGGCAUACGGUUCUCCUUCUCUCAACAAGGAUCACAGUUCCAGCCAUUGAGUCUCUUAUCAAUGCUACCUCGGCCUCUACGAUUAUUGUAGACAGGAGACAUUUGAGUACUGCAAGAGAGGUUCAAAAUCUGCUGCCGCUAUUGCAACUAUUUGAAGUAAUAGACCGUCCAGUGUUUGAGUUUUCAAUUGAAGCUCAUGGAGACACUCAACUAGACUCUCAAUUGGAUCCGGAAAUUGAGGCGCAAAACAUUGCUCUUAUCGUCCAUUCAAGCGGAUCAACUGGUCAUCCGAAGCCAAUCUUUCAAACUCACAAGUCGUGUCUUGCAAAUUAUGCCAGCAGCAUGAAUAUGAAGUCGUUCAUUACAAUGCCGUUGUUUCACAACUAUGGAGUCUGCAGCUUCUUUCGCGCGAUACAUUGCCGCAAAUCUAUCCAUUUCUACAACGCUGAACUUCCGCUGACGCAUGAUAACUUGUUGAAGACAUUCCAAGCGAAUAAUUUUGAGAUCUUCUACGGCGUUCCAUACACACUGAAGCUGCUUUCAGAAUCUCAGACGGGCAUUGACCUCCUUCAAGAAUUAAAGCUUGUAAUGUACGGUGGAUCCGCCUGUCCGGAUGAUUUGGGCAAUAUUCUUGUUGAGAAUGGAGUGAAUCUUAUAGGACACUAUGGGGCGACCGAAGUCGGGCAGCUAAUGACUUCAUUUCGCCCCAAAGGGGACAAAGCAUGGAAUUACGUACGAGAGCACGAUGCACUUUCACCAUAUUUGAGAUGGGAGCCACGCGGCUCAAACUUGUACGAGUGUGUUAUCUUGGAGGGCUGGCCUUCUAAAGUGCAGUCCAGUCGGCCAGAUGGCGCUUACGCAACCAAGGACCUUUUCGAACCUCAUCCAAGCAUCCCUAGAGCAUGGAAGUACAUUGCCCGACUUGAUGACACAAUUGUUCUUGUCAAUGGUGAAAAGUUCAAUCCUGUGGAAAUGGAAGGCAGAAUACGAUCGGAUAAGAACGUCACAGAAGCCGUCGUGUUCGGCGCUGGUCGUGCGCAUCUUGGUAUCUUGCUUGUCCCAGCUGCUGGAUUAGCCACUCACACCAAUGAAGAAAUAAUUGAUAUAAUCUGGCCAGUCGUCGAAUUUGCGAAUAAGUCUGCAGAUGCCUUUGCUCGAAUUUCGCGGGAUAUGAUCCGGCUAUUACCGCAUGAUUGUGCCUAUCCUCGCACGGACAAGGGGAGCAUAAUACGACAAGCCUUUUACCAGAAGUUCAAAGCGGAAAUUGAGGAAACUUAUGAUCUUGCCGAGUCAAGCUCAGAAGAACUUGUGCAAUUUGAUCUCCCAGAGCUACAACAGUUCACAAGAGAUCUUGUCCAAAGGACCCUUGAAGCACCUACACCAGUUCAAGAUGAUGAAGACUUUUUCUCUCUGGGUUUAGACUCACUGCAAGCUAUCCAAAUGAGAAGCGAGAUAUUGAAGAAGGUAGACAUUGGCGAAAACAAACUUGGACAGCAAGUUGUAUUUGAGCAGCCGUCAAUCAGCAAAUUGAGCAGCUUUUUGCUCUCUCUGCGGAUUGGUAAUGUUGCGAAUGAGAAGAUGUCCAUCGAACAACAAAUGGAAAACCUCGUCAUGAGAUAUUCGACCGAGACUUUGUCUAUAUCGACUAGUUCGUCAAUCGUUGUUACAGGCGCUACCGGCUCACUUGGAGCUCAUAUUGUCGCAAAACUGGCUUCUAGACCUCAUGUUGAUCAAGUCUAUUGUCUAGUUCGUGCCAAUGAUCUGACUCAUGGCUAUAAGCGAGUUGUUAGCUCAAUGAUACAGAGAAGAGUUUACCACUCGCUGUCUCUAGCCUCAAGGCGGAAAAUCAUUGUGUUGCCAUCCGAUUUGGCGGAGCCAGAUCUUGGAUUAUCCAAAUCAGCUUAUGAAGCCAUUACUGAAAAUCUUAAUGCAGUGAUUCACUGCGCUUGGUCUGUUAAUUUUAACAUGCAUCUUUCGAGCUUCGAGAAAGGGAACAUCGCGGGCGUAUCACAUCUUAUUUCUCUCUGUCAAUCUGCGCAGCCACCAGCUACAAUGAACUUUUGUUCAUCUGUUAGUACUUGCUCUCGGUCAACGGUUAUUCCUGUUCCCGAGCGUGUUCCAGACUUUUCAUGGGCACAAAACAUGGGAUACGCUCAGUCUAAAUCGGUAGCCGAGCAUAUUUGCGCCAAUGCCGCAUCUCAGGGUGUGACUACUCGUGUGCUUCGUAUUGGACAAAUCGUUGGCGAUACAGAGCAUGGCGUGUGGAACCCGCAAGAAGCAGUUCCUAUGAUAAUGCAGACUGCGGUAACAAUCGGCGCUUUACCGAGACUCCAGGAAACCCCGUCGUGGCUACCAGUUGAUAUUGUGGCAGAUGUCGUCACAGAUAUAUCGCUUUCUAGUGCGGGAAGCAUAUUUACAAAUGUCACUAACCCGCAACUCUUCAACUGGAAUGAUGACCUUCUUCCUGCUCUACGCAAAUGCGGGCUUGCCUUCGACGAAGUUGAGCCUAGAGAGUGGAUUAAGAGGUUGCGGACAUCAAACUCAGACCCAGUGGCCAAUCCGCCUAUCAAACUAGUGGAUUUCUUUGCUUCUAAAUACGACAGAGAUUCGUUUGGCCCGUCAAAAACAUUCUCCACUGAAGUGGCACGUUCUUUCUCUCCAGCUUUGGCUAAAGUUCCCAGUCUUGUGGAGGAGCAUGUAGCCAAAUUUGUUCGCUAUCUCAAUGGAAAAGCAUGGAAGAGUUCAUCGUCUCCUAUGGAAGCUGAGAAGACGGUAAUUGUGAUGAUGGGUCCCUCUGGAACAAGAAAGUCGACGAUGGGAAGUGGAAUAGCGCAAACGCUUGAUAUACCUUUCAUUGAAGGCGACAGCCUAUACUCUCGCCAAGACAUCGCGACAAUAAGGUCACGUAUCACGCUCUCCGAUGAAGACAGCUUAUCUUGGAUCGAUAGAAUUAACCGGCGAACCGCGGAUACACUCACUGACCUUGGAUAUAACCGUUUAAUCGUCGGCUGCUCUGCUUUGAAAGAAACAUACCGCAACCGAAUUCGUCGCCAUAUGGCUUCGCAUAAAGUAAAAGUCAUAUUUGUUGACUUACAGGCUGACAGAGAUAUUCUUGCAAGACGUUCACAAGAGUGUCAAGACAGCCUCACGGGAGCCAAUUUAGUCGACAGCCAACUAGACUUAUACGAAGAACCCAGUAGCAGAGAAUAUGAUGUCGUACCUGUAGAUGCGGAGAGGGCUGAUCAAGUGGUAUUGGAUGAGAUUCGAUGGAUCAUUGAAGAAGCAGCUGAAUGGUUUUAG